GGUCACGGAAGUGCUCAUAUGACCACUGUAGAGACUUGCCUCCCUCCUAUAUUUACUGAUUUUACUAUUUAGACUAGACUAGAUAAAAACUGAAGUAUAUUUUUCCCAGUAGUUCGCUAUGUUUUUCAACGCUGAAGAUGAUGAGCAGGAUUUUAUGUCAUCAGGAGGGUCCAAGCUUGCUAAUCUGUUUGGGAUGGAUAAAGCCAGCAGACAAGGAGGAAAUGAAUCCCUAACAUACACAGCACCUAAGCAGCCAAAGAAAAAAGAAGGAACUCCAGAUGGAGGUGCAACCCCUGCAGUUGUGAUUGCUAGUGUUGUACAUGCAUAUAAAUACCUUGAAGGUAAAUAUGUUUCACAAGGAAAACUUGGUGCAGCAUUACUGGCAAACCAUGGUGCAAAAGAUUAUCGAAUACUACUGUAUGUUACUCGUCAGCAACAAGUUACAAAUGCUAAAAUCACUUUAAAUUUUGCAUUUAAUAUCCAACAAAAUAACUAUGCCAGCUUUUAUGAUGAUGCGAGACAGACAUGGUCCAUUAUGUUUGAAUCUGCUGAUGCUGCAGAGAAAUUUGCCAAAGAGGUAGCCCUAGCAAAAGUAAACUCUGCACCUGGACCUAUCACAGAACUAGUCCAGCAGGAGCUGACCUUGGGUGAAGGUGGACCUCUGGAGGCUGGAGACUCUGUAGAGGUGAAAUACAUUGGCUGGCUUUUGACUGGCGGCACUUUUGGAAAGAUCUUUGACCAAUCUCAACCAGACAAUAACUUCAGGUUUAAAGUUGGCAGAGGAAAGGUUAUCAAGGGUUGGGAUCAAGGAAUGCUGGGAAUGAAGAAAGGGGCAAAGAAGUUGUUAGUUAUUCCCCCUUCAUUAGCCUAUGGUGCUCAGGGCGCUGGAGAAAGAAUUCCACCAGACUCAACUCUCAUUUUUCAGGUUCAAAUUGUAAGAGUAAAAUUACAGAAGGGUGAGUCACCACAAGAGUCUCCAGCACCCACCCCUGCCCCAACACCUGUACCGGUUCCUUUACCUGAACAUGAUGACCUAGAGGAUGGCGUCAAGUCACGCACCAGGUCCAUUAAUGAACAAAUUUCACAGUCCCCUGAUAGCAACAAGGCCAAGCUGAUCUCCCGCAUGGCUAGAAUGGGGCAGCCUAUGUUACCUUUCCAAGGGGCCGUGCCAGCACAGCCUGAUGACAGUGAUGAAGAGAUGCAUCACAUUGAUCAUUCAAACCCCGCACCUACUGUCAAACCAACCCUACCCACCAAGCCCAGGACCUUGUCUAACGCGGGCAUGGCAGUUCCAUCUGGUCAUGUGAUCAUCACCCAGACCCAGCCCACAGCUGUCCAUCAAACCCUCCCUAUGAUGACCAAUCAGCCAAUGAUGAUGACUAGUGAUGGAAUGAUGAGCCAAUCCCAGCCAGCCUUCUUACAGAACCUCCCUGGAGCCCAGCAGCUGGCUGUCUAUCAGAAUCCAAACAAUUACCUACAACAGCAGCAACAACAGCAGCAGGCGGCACUACUUCAACAGCAGCAGCAACAACAACAACAACUUUUACAUCAGCAACAACAACAACAGCAGGCUCAGUUGUUAGGUCAGGGUCUUAUGAUGGGUGGAAUACCUGGUGCAUCUUCAGCAUUUGGAGCCCCUGUAUCCCUUGCCCCCCAAGUCUCAGCCCCUCCACAACAAUCCUCAGCAGACGCCUUAGCCCCAGCCCUCCUGUCUGAGACUAGGCAGCAGAACACAGAGGUCAGGAUUGGACUGUCCAAAAUGUCCGAUAAGGUGGACAAGAUUUUAGAAAAGAUAGAGCAUCUGAACACUACAGUGGUCAGUUCAGCUAGUCACACCCUUGGGGCUCUGGCACCCUAUGGUUCCAGUAUGCCAGCUCCAUCCAUGGAGGCCAAUGUCUUAAUGCAGAAUAUCACAAGAAUUGUCCAGGAAAAUGAACGUUUGAAGAAAGACUUGUACGACCAAAGUCACAAAGUGCAAGAACAAAAUGAGAGAAUAGCCAACCUGCUAGAGAAAAAUCAAAAGUAUGUUGAACAAAGUCAUUCAGUUCUAGAACAAAGAAAUGAGGGCUAUAAGAACACAGCAACACAGUCACAAGCCAGAGUUCUAGCUUUAGAGCAAGAGAAGGUGCAUCUAGCCACGGAGCUGAGCACAGCCUCAGCCCAGAUCAGCACGCUGCAGCUGGAGCUGUCGGAGUACAGGAAGAGGGAGGGGGAGCUCAGGCAGACCAUACAGAUGACCACCAACACAAACACAGCCACCAAGGAUGAACUGGACAAGCUGCGGCAACAAAGAGAAGAGGAUGAACAGAAAAUAGCCACCCUAAACACCAGCAUACGAGAAGAGAAGCAAGCACGUAAAGCUGCAGAUGUUAAGCUGACCAGCUUGGUUGAAGAGCUGACUGACUUGAAGGCCGCCCACUCAACUUUGGAAAAGAACCUCACUGAGAGGAAGAGAAAGGCUGCGGAGGAGAGGAGGAAAAUGGAAGAGGACAUGGAGGAUGCUAAAAUUAGCUAUGAGCAAACAAUUGAAAGUCUGAGAGAAAGAAUUCGCAAACAAAAGUCAUCAGUAGAUACAGAGACGGAGAGUAAGAUGUCAAAGAUCGAGGAAGACAUCUCUCGUGAGUGGCAGAUCAAGUGUGACAGAAUGAUGUCUGCCGUCACUGAGAAACACAACAGACAAAUAGAGGAUUUGAAGAGUGAGAAGGAGGAACUGCUGCGUAAAGUGGAUGAGUUAGAGAAAAAGAUAAUCACAGUUAGGUCAUCAGGAUCAUCCACAGAGAAACAGAUAACACUCUUGCAAGAUGAGCUAGCAGACAUGAAAAUAUGGAAAGACAAGUACGACACUCUAAGAUCCCAAGCUGCCAGCAUGAAGGAGAAGUACGAGAAGAGGCUGGAGGAGCUGGAGAAAGACAAGGAGGAGGACGAGGAGAGGCGGAGUGAGAUAGUAGAGAAAGCCAAGGAGCAGAGGCAGGACCUCCUGCAGCAGAUACAGCAACUGCAGCAGCAGGUCCAACAGCUGAGGGCGCAGGCCAACGUGGCAACCCAGCACAAGCCUGCUGUCACACCCACUGUGGCCAGCGCUGAUGUGGCAACUGAGGUGAAGAAGAUAAUGAACUCUGUCUACCAGUCCUUGAGGAGUGAGUUUGAGGCAGAUGAGAGUUACGCAGGCUCGGAGGUUCUAGCCACCAUCUUAAACGCUAUUAAGCAAACAACUUUAAAACUUGUCAAUCAAGCUGCCUCUCGUCAAGAAGAGAGUGAGGAGGAGGAGGAAGAGGAGGAAGAGGAUGAGGAAGAAGAGGAAAAGAAGGAAGAGGCUGGAGUUGAUGAAGUCGAUGAAGAAGUCAUUGAAGAGGUGACGCAGCCAGACAGUGAAGCUGCGGUGAGACCUGUUGCUGAAACCGGCACACAAGAUGGCCGCUACCUAGCUGAAGAGGCAUCUCGCUCAGAAAACAUAGAACAGAAAGCUGCGACAGAAACUGUCAGCCAUGUUGAGUCUGGAACCCAGCGAUCUCAGUCCCCGGUUAGCCAGUCUCAAGUUCCGCAGAUUCUGGAGACUCUGUCAAGUUUAGGUGCAGUUGAAACAGAAAACGAAAUUGCCACCAGUGAUGAUGUUAGCGGAAUAGACACCAGUGAAGAUGUAGUUGUUAAAAAUGGUGGGGUUUCAGAAAAAGAUGUUGUUAAUCAGAAUGAGGCCUUAAAUUCAAAUGUAGAAUCAGCAGAUGAGACAGCUCAGAAAGAAGAUAGCGAUGUAGAAAAUUACCACAAUGCACAUGAGAAUCUUCCGGAAAUCGAAGACAUGGAUGUUAAACAAGACAAGGCAGUGGAGCAGAACGGAUUUGAUCCAGCACCAGUAAGUGAUACACAUGAAUCAGAAGAAAAAACUGCACUAGUAGAUGAUCAGACAGCUGAACAAAGCAAGCGGGCAAGUCUCGAGGCCAGCACUUUGGUGGCACCAAAAGCACCCACAGACACAGAUGCCAGGGACCCUCCCCCUCCCCUGUUUGAUGAUGAUGAUGAAGAUGAUGAAGACAGUCCAUUGUUUGGUCAAGACAGUAUCGUGUCAGACACACUGGGCAUUGAGCCCGCCCCCAAGUCCAGUGCCACACCCACUGAUAGCAAAACCAAAACAACACCAGGCAGGAAACUGGACCUCACUAAUGAAGAGGACUUAAAGCCUCAGCCUCCCCCGCCCCUGUUUGGUGAUGACAGUGAUGAUGAUGACUUGGACUGGUUAAGCUAACUGUGGAUGAAUUCUAGGCCAAACAUUAUUUUAUUCUGUUGUCCCAAGCAUAGGUGUGUUUCCUCACAAACAUGUAGGGGAAGCAACUCCUUUGUUUACCAUUCAUGUGCUCUAGAAUUAGCUUUCUAAUUGUGUAAUGAAAAUUUAUUUAAGUCACUAGGUUGAAUGGCUGUAAUUUUAGAGUAAUACUGAUAUUAAAAAAAUGAUAAUUGUACUGUAGGUUAGUUUGGAAAUAUUAUUUUUCUUCAAGGUACUAUCACUAGAAUGAGUUUCAUUGUAUAGUUUUUAAAAACUAAUUACAAUAUCUCAUUAAUAUAAAAUAAAAUAAAUGAUGUUGUUCUAAAAGUAAAUUUAAUUUUCAUUGUGAAUUUGUAUAGUGGAAAAACAUUAUUAUUUUGAAUUACUAACAGAUAUUAAAAUUCAAAAUUAUUAUCUUCUGUUCAGUAGCUUAAUAAAAGUUUUGUUAUCAUUUUAUUUAUGUGGCUGUGUUCUAGAGAAAUUAGAUUUUAGAAAUUUCCUGCAAUUUAAAGUGAUUUUCUGUGUGUUAUUUAUACAAUUUUUUUUAUUGUUUCUGCUUUUCUUGUGCUAAGUAUUAUUUAAAUUUUGCAUUUUUAAGUUAACAGUUUUAAUUGUGUUUUAAACAAAAUAUACAUAUGUAUUUAAUUUAGGCUUUAUACGUAUACUCUAAGAAAAUACGUUACUUUCAUCUUUGUUUUAUGUCUAAUUAUUUGCAGUUGUAAUUUGAAAGGGUAUUAUUUCUGUUUAUAAUUGCAUUUAGUUUUUUUUAACCAAAUACAUUUUGUGAGCAUAUUUACAAACUUGCUUUAAAUACGAUUUAUUCAUCGUUUAUUUGUGGGUUUUUUUCACUCUCUCAACCAGAUUAUUAAUAUUCUGAACAAAAAUUAUUUUAAAAAUGUGUGUAGCUGAGCAAGUCCUGACUUUUUUUACUAGGCUAAAACUACCAAUAGUAAGUAACCCAUGUAUGAGUGUAGUACAUGGUUUGAAUUGAAUUGCUAAAUUAUGGGUCAAAAAUCAAAUAUGGAUCAGUAUAACUUCAAUAUACUGUCCCAUAUUAGAGGUAUUUUAUACCUUAACUACAGAAGAACUACAAGAUUUGUGGCUCUUAGUUGUGCUGACUUACAUUCCAUUUGUCUAUCCUCUUUCACCUCAUGUUAAAUAUCUUGUACUCUUGUUUCAUUUUUAUACUUAGAAUUGAAUUACUAGCUAUACAUUUUUGACAGCUAGAUAGGGCCAUUAGGUGAGUUAACUAAAGCAAUUUUUUAUAAUUUGUUUUACAACACUUGUAUAAACUUGUUCUGGUUGUUAGAAAUACAAGACAGCUCACAAAACUUUCAAAUAAAAGAGUUCACAACUCACCAGAAAAUUGCUCAAGUGUGAUUGUCCCUGAAUCAUCUUUUCCCUUUUAUGUCAGACACAUUGGGCCUUUAUAGAAAGCUAUUUCUAUUUUUAUUGGGCUCUGGCAAUUUUCUUGGCAUUUCCCCAAGAUAUUCCUGCUCUUGUAGGUUGUUUUUCUACAGUGCGCCUGCACGUCUCUCUUGGCCUUCCCAGUUUCCUUUUUCCUUGAGGCAUCCUUUCCUUUUUCCUGUGACAUAAUCUGAACUUCUUAUAAUGUGACCCAUCUAGCGCCAUCUUUUUUUCAAUUAUUUCUGAAACAGAUUCUAUUUCUCCUAGUACCCUUUCAUUGGAGAUGGUGUUGGGCCAGUGGAAUGCUGGAAAGCGCAGUCAAAAAUUACAUCAACAAAAUGAAGUUUGUUUUUCAUGUUUUAUUACUCAAUGGUAGAUAAUGGCCUAUAAACUGUGGUCAAUUUCAAAAUUUGGGGUUAUUAUUGUUCACCAACAGAACAUUUAACUACUAGCUUCUGAGAACUGUGGUCAUGUAGUAUUUUAUCUGAGUCUGUAAGGUGACCAUCUAGCUCCUAUAAGUGUGUAAAAUCUGUUGUUUCUGUAUUUUGGUACUUAAAAAAUAUAUUUCCUGGACAAAACAUUAACAUAUUCUUUGCUGUUGUUGCAAGUCAGGAUUAUGAUUAAAAAUUAUUUUCUGAAUUUCUUGUCUAGUCUAAAGCAAUUUAUAAUACCAUUUACACAUAGUAUCAUCAUCACAGUAUGUUCUGGUGUAUUCACUAGUAGUAACAUACAAAUUAAACAUACAAUUUUCUUCAUUCUAGUAUGUUUCAAAAUUCUAAUGAAGGAUACCUUAGGAGUAAAUUAUUGUAACCGACUACAUUGUUAUGUUUAAUUUUAGUUCAAAUUUACCUUCAUCCCAGUAUGUUACAACAUGCAAGAUAUUUUAGAAAUCAAUUUAUUGUAACGUACAACAAUGUUGUGUUUUAAUGUUGUUCUGUUGUACCAUCAUCUAAAUCAACUUUCAUGUAAUUUACAGUUGAAUGAAUUCGUUUCAUGUCUUUUUUAUGUUGAAAAUUUGAAUCCAAAUUAAAAAUAAAUAAAUUGAUGCAAUUAAAAACAAUUUCAUUAAAUUG